AUGAUUUUGAGUGAGCGUACAAAAAAAAGAAAAAUUAAAAAUGAAAUUGAUUAUACACUUAAUGCAAUUUAUGGCAAAUCUAAUGAUAUUUUCCAAGAAGUUUCUCCAUCAGUUAAUUUUUGUGAUAAUAAUGAAUCAUUAGAUACAGUACUAAAUGUAUUAUCUCCAACAGUGUCUUCUCCAAUUACUAAAAUUCCAGAAAUAAUACUAUUUAGUACUUGUACUUCCAAUACUUGUCCGGAAGAAGUAACUGAUAUUCUGUGUGAUAAUGUUGGAGAAUGUUCAAUUAUUCAACAAGAUUUUUCAUUAAGAGACUUCCUAGCAUCAUGGGCUCUUAAUUUUAACAUUUCGCAUAUAGCUUUGAAUGGAUUACUAAAGGGAUUAAAAAAUCAUAAAUGUUUUAAAGAUUUCCCGGUUGAUAGUAGGACUCUGUUAUCGACUCCAAAAAGUAUUUAUCAGAGUAUACAAACUAUUAUUCCAGGAAUUUAUCACCAUUUCGGAUUGUCCUCUGCAAUUUUGAAGUAUACUCCCAACAAUGUUAAUGAGGUCAAUAUUGCCAUAGGUAUUGAUGGCGUACCUUUGUCAAAGAGUAGUGGUGGUCAAUUUUGGCCUAUUUUAGGUUACAUUAUUCCUCAAGACUCGUUCCGCAAAAAUGUUUUUCCUAUCGGCAUAUAUUAUGGAUUUGAAAAACCAAAUAAUAGUAAUGAGUUUCUUUCAAAUUUUGUAGAUGAAGCUAAAUUCCUAAUUAAUAAUGGUAUUAUUAAAAAUAAUAUCACAAUUAAAAUUUCAAUAAAAGUAUUUUGUCUUGAUGUACCUGCUAAAAGUUUUAUCCUGCGUACAAAAGGUCACUCUGGAUUCUCAUCGUGCACAAGAUGUACAAUUGAAGGAGAAUACAUAAACAACAGAGUCUGUUUUCCAUACUCACAUGUGCCAUCAUUAAAAAGAAAUCAUCAAUCUUACAUCAAUAAACUCGACGAAGACUUUCAUACUUCUAAUGAAUUAACCUGUUUAAUUGAAUUGCCCGGGUUUGAUUCCAUUAACUCUUUUAGUCUGGAUUAUAUGCACCUAAUAUGCUUAGGGGUUAUGAAGAAGCUUCUAUUUCUUUGGACGAAAGGACCACUGAAUGUUCGUCUAAGAUCAAAGAGUGUGGACGAUUUAUCAACUUCUUUAUUAUCAUUGAAAAAUUGCAUCACCUCAGAUUUUGUUAGAAGUGUAAGAAGCAUGAAAGAAUUAAGUCGCUUUAAAGCCACAGAAUUUCGAACCAUAGUUCUUUAUGUUGGUCAAAUUGUUUUCAAAAAUGUUUUAAGCAACAAAUGCUAUGAACAUUUUAUGACUCUAAAUAUUUCUAUGUUAAUACUCCUCAGUCCAGAAAAAAGUACACUGGUUGAUUAUGCUAGAGACCUUUUAAAUUAUUUUGUCAAAAGGUUUGGAGAAAUAUAUGGUAGUUAUCACAUAUCACACAAUAUCCAUGGUCUUCUGCAUUUAUGUGAUGACUAUGAUAUGUAUGGACCAUUAGACAACUGCAGUACAUUUGUAUUUGAAAAUUAUCUGAAAGAAUUGAAAUCGUUACUUAGAAAACAUGAGAAACCAUUAACUCAAGUAAUCAAUCGUUUAGCUGAGAAAGAUAAUAUAACUGCCAUGCAAGAAAUUAGAGAAAUCACAAAUAGACAUGAUAAGCCUUCUCAGGAUAUUAUUCUGAAGCAGCCUCAUACUAAUGGACCUUUAGUUGACAAUAUAUUUGGACCACAAUACUAUGAUUUAGCUUAUAAAAAUAUUCAUAUUAAUGUAAAAAAAGAAAAAGAUUCUUAUAUUUUAACAAAAGAUAAUACUCUGGUCAAAUGUCUCAAUAUUGCACAUUUAAACAACAAACCAGUAUUAAUAGGACAAUUCUUUAAGUCUUUAUUACCAUAUUACAUGAAACCAAUAGAUUCUUCAUUGUUGGAUAUAUUUGAAGUCAAAAAUCUUUCUAGGAACAUCCAUUAUUGGGAAAUUUGUGAUAUUAAAAAAAAAAUUAUGAUUUUAAAACACAGCGGAAAGCUUAUAGCAAUGCCAAUUAUUCACUCGACAGUAGAAGAUUAA